AUGGAAAUGGAUUCCAACAACCACAGCUUCUCCUCACCCACCUCCUCAAACGACAUUGAGCAGAUGCCGGAAACCCCCCACCGCGGCGGCUCCUACCACCGGCGCGCCCACUCCGACUUCUCCUCCUUCCGCCUCCCCAACUUCGACGACCUCCUCCUCUUCGACCCUUCCGACCUCGACCUCUCCUCCUUCCCCUCUCCCGUCCCGCCACGUGGCGCCACCUCCACCUCCUCCGCCGCCGUCCCCAUGCCGAUCGAUGACUCCGACGACUCCUCCGCCUCCCGCCCCAGGCCCAGCUCCUCCGCCACCGCCGCUCAUUUCCGCAGCCUCUCCGUCGACUCCGACUUCUUCGACGGCCUCGGAUUCUCCGGAGACGCCGUCUCCGGGAAGGAAGUCGUUGGGGGUAAGAGGCCCGGCGCCGGCGGCCACAGGCAUAGCAACUCCAUGGACGGCUCCUUCGAUUCUGAGCUCUCUCUCGAUGGUCUCAAGAAGUCCAUCACUCCUGAUAAGCUCGCUGAGCUCUCUCUGAUUGACCCCAAGAGAGCUAAAAGGAUCUUAGCUAAUAGGCAAUCUGCGGCGAGGUCCAAGGAGAGGAAGGUGAGAUAUGCAAAUGAGCUGGAGAGGAAGGUGCAGACGCUUCAGACAGAGGCUACCACUCUAUCGGCACAGGUCACACUGUUACAGAGAGACACCACUGCAAUAACUGCUGAGAAUAAGGAGCUCAAAAUUCGGCUACAGGCUAUGGAGCAACAAGCACAACUGAGAGAUGCGUUGAAUGAAAAACUAAAGGAGGAAGUGGAGCGGCUUAAGAUUGAAACCAACCAAACCCCCCUUGGGAAUGGAAACCCUUUCUACAGAGGGCUCCCCCGACAAUAUGCGGCACCCCAGUCUGCCAUGCAUAAUCAGCUUGGAGGUAGCCAGAGCCAGCACCAGCAGCUCCACAUGCGUCACAACCAGAACGUUAACGGGCAGUCACACCCGAGUUUCAUGGACUUCAACCAGAGGGCCUAGGAACCUCUAUUUUCUAUUUUAAGUUGUUAACCAAAGGAGUUUGAUAAUGUUGUAGUACUAAGAGGGUGGGGGUAGUUAAUCAGAUAGCUUCUUGUAUAUACUACAUACAGAUGUAUAUGUAUGUGGAACAGGCAAAGGCUGUGUAGAUUUUGUUGCUCAGAUCAGUACCACAGUACAUAGUUUCCUUUCCUGUAUCAAUUCUUACUACUAGGGUUAUAGUUAUUUAGAACAAAUCUUAAUGCAACACCUGUUGUGUAUUUUAUUUUAUCAUGCAACCUCUAGGUUCCUUCAUGCUAAUAUGACGAUGAUAUGGUAUUUCACAGUACAGAUCACAGUCUGGAUUGUCUGUUUGUGCCUGUAUUUUUUCAGUUUCCGAAUUGUUGAAUGCAGAAGAUGUUUG